GUAAUUUAGUGUACAGACAAAUUGAAAUGGUUCACGACUAACUGGAUGUAAAAGAGCUAUACUGGUUUUGUGACCAAAGCUAUAACAUUAUUUAAUAUAAAAUAUCGCUGCAGCAAGAACUGUAUCUUGUGAUGCACGUUAAAUCACAUAUAGUUGUAAUAUAACAAUUUAGUUAGAUACAGUAGCUAGCUAACAGUCAGUAGCUACUUCUACACUUGUGCUGGAUCGAUGUAAAAUAGUUCUGCUGGUUUGUGACACAUCGUGCAACUGGAUGCUGAAAAUUACCUCUCGUGAGAUAUAGCAUCGGAAGAACUACAGAUGGACGUUUUAGAAAUUGUUUGACUAUUUUUUUUCCCUACCGGUUAGCCAAUAUAUUUGGCAAACGGAUGUGGCUGCCACCUGCUAGCUAACGUUAGCAAUUGCUUGCAGUUAGCUAUUUUCCACUGCAAAUUGGUGACAUGGCCAUGACAUGCUGUUAGCUACUGUAAUCACAGCUGUCAUUUGAAUGUCCACGUUUCCAUGUCAAUGAGAAGUAGCUAUAGUUUGCUAGAGACCCCCCACUCUGGAAUUUGGUCUGGCACUGUUCGCCACCGAGUUCCCGUCCACGCAAGCUAGCUGAUUUGUUGCUACUAUUACUACUUGUCAAGAAUAGGAGGCGGUGGCAGCUUUGGUGGAUACAUUUCUGCCUCAGCUUUAUAGAGAUCACUGCCGAGGUGAAAUACUGCAGUUCAUGUUUCGACAAGAAGUCAGUGUACUGUCUUUUAUUCCGUCUUGUUCCUACCUUUUCCAACACGAGAAGAGGAAUAUGUCUAGAUAUAACAUUUACAGUCUUUUAGACUGGUUGUAUGGCGGCGUGGACCCAAAGUUUGAAGGCAACGGGGGCCCAGAAUGUGCCGCCUUUCUUGCACCGCAACAACGUAUCAGCGAGAGUUUUGUCAUGGUUCUGAUUUCCAUCGUGGAAGUUGUCGUCGCAUUGAGAAAAAUCAAUAUUUGUAAAGAACUCAAAGAGAUUGCGAAAGAUGGGCCAAGGACGAAACAGGACAGUUUCGGCAAGAACCUGUUGCUGGUUGCUCUGUGUAUGACGUUUGGAGUAGAGGUCGGAUUCAAAUUCGCCACCAAGACAGUAAUAUACCUACUGAAUCCAUGUCAUGUUAUGACCAUGGUGCAGAUCUUCCUGCUGGCCUGUCCGCCAUGUAAAACAGCCAUGGUCAUCUUUAGGCUUCAGGUCCAUAUGCUGAAUGGUGCUUUACUGGCCCUUGUCUUCCCUGUGGUCAACACUAGACUGCUUCCGUUUGAGAAGGAGGUCUACUACAUUCAGCAUUCCAUGCUCUACCUGGUGCCGGUAUACCUCUUCAGGAAAGGAGGUGUGUACAAGCCGGAGCCCUUAGGGGACAUGUGGUGGGCUAUCCUCUCCACUGGCAUCUUGUUCCUCUAUCACUUCCUGUUCCUGCAGGGCCUGGGCCUGAUGACCGAGGUCAACCUGAAUAACAUGUUGUGUCCAGCGGUGUCUGACCCAUUUUACGGGCCUUGGUACCGGGUUUGGGCUGCGGGUCACCAGACCCUGCUGACCCUGGUCCAUGGGAAGGCCCUGACCCUCUUCUCUUACCACACCGGCCCCACCUGCAGGUACCUGCUGGACACCGCAAGACUUCGCAGCAAGGUCGACUGAACAGACCGACAAACAGACUCACACGGACGUAGCCUUUUUAAAUCCAAUGCCUGUUCUUACGUUGGGAUUUUCUAUCAACAUUUUUAAUGCAUCUUGUACAACUUACCUUUUUUUACUGUAAAGAAUUAGGCAUUUCAGGGUGAAAUUAAACAACGUUAUUAUUUUUGUGUUAGGGAUGGCUUGCAUUGUUUGCAUGCACACAUGAUGGGAAGACUGCUGGAGUUGGUAGUAAUUGGUGUGUGGCUGGCCAGGGGAAAUGAGCUUUUUCUUUUGUCUUGGUCAGAUUUCCUGAACCUGAGUUACUCAUGUUUCUGAAAGUGACUUUUUUUUAUUUCUAAAGUUGCCUUUUGUAGUUAUGUUCAGAAAAAUGGGGCUAGCCUACAUAUCACUGAAUUGUCAUUGUUACUGUACAUCUUAAACUCUUAAUUUGUGCUUGCUAUGACAGUUGGCCCAGGUAUGGGUCAAGUUGCCAUUUUGUGUUUGUAUUUAAGAUUUAAGACUUUAUCUUUGACAUGUUUAAUCCAUUGUAAAAGCCAUCACUUUGUGAUAUUUUGUUUGUUAGAAGAGUAACGGUUGUGAUGCAUUUGUCUCUGUCAUAUCUGUGGUCACAGCCUCUGCUGACAAGGAGAAACCUGUUCCUCACAUCUUUGCUGGAUCAAGUGGUAUAAAUGAGAGGGCUCCUGCAUCUUUGUCCCAUCUCUCCAUCACUGAUUUACUCAACUGCAGAGGUGAAAGAGAAUGUAAGGGGCCUUUUUACAGACAAGUGUUUGUCCUGUUGGAUCAUUAUGGACGAGGGGAAUUUACAGGAAGGUAUCUUGAUGUACAGUGCCUUUAAAGUAUUCAGACCCUUUGACUUUUUCCAAAUGUUGUUAGCUUACAGCCUUAUUCUAAAAUUGAUGGGCAAAAAAAAACAUGUAAUACAUCUACACACAAUACCCCACAAUGACCAAGCAAAAACAGUUUUUUAGAAAUUCUUGCAAAGUUAUGAAAUAAACAAAUACCUACAGUGCCUUCUGAAAGUAUUCAGAGUCCUUACAUUCAAACCCUUUACUCAGUACGUUGUUGAAGCACCUUUUGGCAGUAAUUACAGCCUCAAGCCUUAAUGGGUAUAUUGCCACAAGCUAGGCACACCUGUAUUUGGGGAGUUUUUCCCCAUUCUUCUCUGCAGUUGUUUGAUUGGGUAAAAAUCUGUGCUCUGGCUGGGCCACUCAAGGACAUUCUGAGACUUGCCCCGAAGCUACUCCUGUGUUGUCCUGUUGGAAGGUGAACCUUCGCCCCAGUCAUAGGUCCUGAGCGCUCUGGAGCAGGUUGUCAUCUGUACUUUGCUCCGUUCAUCUUUCCCUCAAUCCUGACUAGUCUCCCAGACCUUACUGCUGAAAAACACCCCCACAGCAUGCUGCUGCCACCACCAUGCUUCACUGUAGGGAGGGUGCCAGGUUUCCUCCAGAUGUGACGUGUGACGCUUGGCAUUCAGGCCAAAGAGUUCAAUCUUGUUUUCAUCAGACCAGAUAAUCUUGUUUCUCUUGGUCUGAGUGUCCUUUAGGUGUCUUUUUGCAAACUCCAAGCGGGCUGUCGUGUGCCUUUUACUAAGGAGUGGCUUCCGCCUGGCCACUCUACCAUGAAAGCCUGAUUUGGUGAAGUGCUGCAGAGAUGGUUGUCCUUCUGGAAGGUUCUCCCAUCUCCACCGAGGAACUCUGGAGCUCUGUCAGGGUAACCAUUGGGUUCUUGGUCACCUCCCUGACCAAGGCCCUUCUCCCGAUUGCUCAGCUUGGUUGGGUAGCCAGCUCUAGGAAGAGUCUUUGUGGUUCCAAAUCUCUUCCAUUUAAGAAUGAUGCAGGCCACUGUGUUCUUGGGGACCUUAAAUGCUGCAGAAAUGUUUUGGUACCCUUCCCCAGAUCUGUGCCUCGACACAAUCCUGUCUCUGAGCUCUACAGACAAUACCUUUAACCUCGUGGCUUGGUUUUUGCUCUGACAUGCAGUUAAUGUGGGACCUUUUUAUAUAGACAAGUGUGUGCCUUUCCAAAUCAUGUCCAAUCAAUUGAAUUUAUCACAGGUGGACUCCAAUCAAGUUGUAGAAACAUCUCAAGGAUGAUUAAUGGAAACAGGAUGCACCUGAGCUCAAUUUAGAGUCUCAUAGCAAAGGGUCUGAAUACUUAUGUAAAUAAUUUAUUUCUGUUUUUUUUAAUGUGCAAACAUUUUUGCUUUGUCGUUAUGGGGUAUUUUGUAUAGAUUGCUGAGUAUUUGUUUUAUUUAAUCCAUUUUAAAAUAAGGCUGUAAUGUGGAAAAAGCCAAGGGGUCUGGAUACUUUCUGAAUGCACUAGGUUUUGGAUACAGCACAGUUGUCAAAAGGGUGAGAGGAACGAUGUCCUGUGCCUGUUGAGAGAGGGGAUCUGAAAGGUAGAGAUGUCCUUCAGAGAUGAUUCAUUAAAGGUAUUUAGGGCUCUAUUAAAUCCGUAUUGCGGAAGUUCGGCAUUACAGCGUGAUUGAAAUGUAAAGGCAUUGUUCCUGAGUUAGCGGUAAACGCUUCAUAUGUUGACUUCAGUGAUACAGAUUGAAGAGCCUUUUGAUCAUGGGGCAUAUUCAGUGGUUUGCUAUCAAGGUUGCGGAUGAAAUGUAUGUGUAACGUCAGUUCUCAAUCAAAUGCCUGUUCUAUACAUUACACUUCAAUCUACAUUCUGGGUGUUGGUUAUUUUUAAGGGGCAGCCCAAUUUCAGUCCAUAUAUCUACAUAACCGAUCACAUACUUUGUUUAAUGUAUCUGUUUAUUGAUUACCUGCAUAGCUCUACUUCGGGAGUCAUUGGGAACCCCUGUUUUAAGGGAAUUAUGUUUUAAAUACAAUUUCCUAUUCCCUAUCACUUCGAUCGAUCCAAUUUUGUAAUGAGGGAUUGUGUUCCCUUACACAUUAGAAAAACAAGGGAUAUGGUAUACUUUUGUACACUUUUCUGGGUGGAUGUGCAAUGUGCUGUAUUGACAAUAAAUGUGAUUUCUGCCCUUAAA